AUUCAAGAGUCCUCCAUCAUUUUCAGUGGGGUUGUGCAUCUCCCUUUAGCGUGACAUCUCCUGGUAUGUAAAGCUCCGCUGUCUCACAAGGUGUAAGCCUCAGACCAGGAUGCCAACAGUGUGCAAGGAAAUGUUGCUUAAUUUUGGGGAGUUCUUCAGUGCCAGUUCUGAUCGUGGGAAUGCCUGAGACAAAGUGAACAAGUGCAGCAGGGACCAAGUGCAGGAUUAUGUUGGCUGCAACGAUCACAACAGCGCUGAUCUAUUUUGUGGUGCACAGCGCUGGAGCCUCGGCACUGGGUACGGCAUGUUGGGAUGAACGCCUAUCGAGAGCAGGGAGGAACAGCAGCUGUUUGGCUUCCCAGCCUUUCCUGAUAUUCGGCCACGGUAAAGCCAUUCAUCGGAUGGGCCUUGAUGGGAAGCGCCACAGAAGGCUUGUGACCGGUGUGGGAACCUCUAUCCUGCUGGACUUUCAUUUCAAAGAGGAGAGAGUUUACUGGGCUGACAAACACACUGGGGUCAUCUACAAAGCAUCAGUGAAAGAAGGCCAAAGACAGAAGCUUCACUCAUUUGACAAACACAUCUCAGGCCUUGCAGUGGACUGGAUUUGGAAUAACGUCUAUUGGACAAAUGGAGAAAAAGGAGAAAUAAAGCGAAUGGAUAUAAAUGGGAAAAAUCAGGAGACACUUUUGAGACAGUUGACCCUGCCAAGUUCUAUAAAUGUUGACCCCAUUAACAGGUUUUUGUUUUGGCUGUCUGGUGGAACAACUCCGAGUAUCCAACGGUCCGAUGUGACAGGACAGAUGAAAAUUACACUAAUUAAAAUGGCAGAACAACUGCAGGCACUGUCGAUCGACCGAGAGGACAAAAGACUGUUCUGGGUUCAGUUUGGUCUGCAAGGAGAAAGCGCCAUUGGCUCUUGUGAUUACAACGGAAAUGUUCUUCACAUCAUGGACCAGCUACUUCAUCCUCAGUCAUUUGGAAUAUCAGUUUUUCUGGAGCGCCUAUACUACAGUGAUGCUGCAUCUCAAGUUAUAAAGACAGUGAACAAGUACACUGGUGGAGAGCCGCUGGAUGUCAACACAAAACAAAUGUCAAAACCUCCUGUUGAUAUCAAAGUGGUACAUCCUCUCAACCAGCCGCUGGAAGACUCCCUAUCGCCAUUUCCAGGCUGCGAUGAACAAAGUGGCAACUGUGUAAACGUGUGCUCCAGUCUAGCAGAGCAAGGGGUUUGCCAGUGCAGUGAAGGCUUCGCUCUCAGUAAGCACGGCACUUAUUGUGAAGACGUGAAUGAAUGCUCCCAUUGGAACCACGGCUGCUCUCUUGGUUGUGAAAACAUCCCAGGUUCCUAUUUCUGCACCUGCCCUAAAGGAUAUGCCCUCCUAUCAGACCGGAAGACAUGCCGAGAGAUCAUACCAUGUGAAGGCAAUAUGACAAAGUGUGGCCAUGGAUGCCUGGCAACAGAAAAUGGUUCCGUCUGUGUUUGUCCUGAGGGAUCUAUACUGCAGGAGGAUGGACAAGCCUGUACUGGCUGCUCAUCUACAGACAGAGGAGGCUGCAGUCAGCUCUGCACUCCUGUCACUCCUAGUCGGUGGCAGUGUGACUGUCAGCCUGGCUACCAGCUCCACCAAGAUGGCAAACGCUGCAUUGCAUCCGGACCUCCACCCUAUCUGCUAGUUGCCAAUCUAGUAGACGUACGAAGAAUUAACCCUGAUGGCACCGGGGAUCAAACGUUGGUGGAGGAGCCCAGGGGAACCAUCUUAGCUUUGGACUAUGAUCCUGUUCUGAACAGUGUGUACUUCGCUAGUACCAGCCAGAAGACAAUUGAGCGAGUGGAUUUGAACAACAGGUUAAGAGACGUUCUUGUCUCGGAUGGUUUGGACUCCCCAGAAGGACUGGCAGUUGACUGGGUCCACCGCAAGAUGUACUGGACAGAUAAAAGCCGGUCAACUGUUGACUGCAGUACUUUAGUUGGACUGUACAAAGAAACUGUUGUGAGCAAAGGGCUGGAAAAACCACGAGGAAUUGCAGUUCAUCCUCUAGCAAAGAAGUUAUUCUGGACUGACAUUGGCUCUCGGCCUGUGGUGGAGCGAGCCUCUUUGGAAGGGAGCGAGCGUACCAACAUUGCCAGCACCAACCUUGUGUCACCCACUGGCCUGACCAUCGAUUUCACAGAAGAUCGUCUCUUCUGGUGCGACCAGAGGAGGGGCCUGAUAGAGACUGCUGCCCUGGAUGGUUCAGAUCGACGGGUCCUGUUAGAGAACCAAGUAGGUCGACCUUUUGACCUUGCAGUGUUUGAAGACAGGCUCUGGAUCUCUGAUCAGGAGCACCAGCAGCUCAGGAGUGUACAUAAGCGGACCGGGAAGAAACUGCAAAGAAUCCAUGGCAGCAUGGUCCAACCAGCAUCCAUUGUGGUGGUUCAUCCCCUUGCUAAACCAGGUGCCAAUGUCUGUCUUCACCUAAAUGGAGGCUGCGCUCAGGUGUGUGAAAACAGACUGGGAUUCGUUCACUGCUCCUGUCUGCCAAACUACAUCCUAUCAGCUGAUGGAAAAAGUUGCUUACCUGCCGACGCUUCAAAUGGAACAACAGAAUCUGGAGACAGUGGUUUAAAAUCCCUCAAAAACAAAACAUUUAAUGAUGUAAGCACACCACAAACAACAACACCUGGGCUGUCAGCUGAGACAGGGGACGCAGAUUUCCACUCUGAUGUAGGCAGUGACUCAACUCUCUUCACAGAUAAGAUGAUUUCAGACCAGAAUGAGUGUUACUCACUCCGCUGUGAUGUGAAUGCACAGUGCCUGCUAAAUGCUGGCAACCCCAAGUGUUUGUGUCUAGAAGGUUUUACAGGUGAUGGACAGUUAUGUGUAGAUAUUGAUGAGUGCAAACUGGGAAGGCACAAUUGUGACAAAACCGCAGAAUGUCAAAACACUGCUGGGAAAUUUCUCUGCAAGUGCCGGGCUGGAUACUAUGGAAAUGGGCAGACAUGUCAAGCACUGGAGACUACAUCACCAUGGGUAACGCCUAUUAGCCCUGUUGAUGUUACCACCGAACACCACAACAGUAACUCAGUACAGAGCUGUCCCUCCACCCAUGAGACGUACUGUCUGUACCAAGGUGUAUGCUUCUACUUCCCUGAAAUGAAGUCCUACGCUUGCAAUUGUGUAUCGGGCUACAUGGGUGAGCGCUGUCAGUUCAGCGACCUGGAAUGGUUGGAGCUCCAGCGGGCAGAGAAGGAGAAGAGGAGGAAUGUCGUCAUUGCGGCCUGCAUGGUGGUCCUCGUUUCCCUGCUCUCCAUCACUGCCUGUGUCACCUACUGCUAUGGAACAAGAAGAAUCUUCCGCAAACAGCCUUCAGUGGACAAUGUGAGUGAGACCAGCGUGACAGAUGAGAGCACAUCAGAGACCACCACUACCAGUGUUCCCCGGUUCUACAUGGUGGUAGAAAAUGCUGUGGAAGGAAACAUCCUCCCUGCCAUGGGUUGUCCCAGAAGAGAUGUGUGUCCAUCCUGCUCUUCAGAAACAGGCACCAGCCCUGUAUCUGAAGACUCAGACACGCUGUCCAAACACAACAGAGGGUAUGAGUGUUCAAUGGUGUCAGCUGUUGCCAUGGAGACCACACAACCCACUGCCCGUCACUCAAAUCAAUCACUGUCAAGACCAUAUACUUGUUUGUCUUUCAAACCAACACCGCUCCCCCAGAGUCCAAACCCAGAGUCAACUUCUUCUUAGCUCAGUGGAAGCAGCAACGCAGCUUACAGUUCACCGUACAGCACUGUAACAUCCACCAUCAAGCUUGUGUCGGGUGUUUGGUAGAAAUAAAGGAAAGUAUAGUUAACUUGCAAACUUUAGAGCAUAAAACUGCAAUCUCUCUCCUAAAAUAUAACUUCCAAUUACGACUUUGUAAUUUACGCUGGGUAUGAUGGAGUUAUAUUUUGGUAUUCUGCAUCAUUUUAUAAAAUACAGAAUUGGGAAAGAAACUGCUCAUAUUAAAUACUUGGGGUCUGACAGCACACAAGAAUGAGUGCAGAGGAGAAACAAAAGAGUUAAAGCAAAAACUGUUAAGUCACUGAAAUGCUGCAGAUAUACAAUAAAAAAUGGCCGCGUUUCCUUUCAAGUAUAAACAGAACAGAAAUUGCCCACGAAGAUAUAUGCAACAUAUUCAGCAAUAUCCUGAAUUAACUAUUAAAGUGAGGGUUGUAGCUUUAACUUCAAAACCCCACAAGCCAGUCAACAGUGAAGACACAGCCGUCUUAUUUAAACAGAAGAUGAUUGUAUUCACCUCCAUGUAACGGCUGGUCGACUGACCCAAACAGCAUGAGCAAAGAAGUUGUAGGUUCUGGUCAUGCACGAAGGCUAACUAAAAUGCUUAGUGAGAGAUUUGUACCACAUUUGCCUAAUUUUCGAGGCCAUUCAAGUAUUCCGUUAGCACACUGAAGCUGAUAGACAACAACCAUUGUGUUGAAAGUCUCAUACCGAACCGAAUGUCACACAUCGUACGGUCUGGGAUGAACCCAGAAUCUGGUGCUAAUUACUGCAGCUGACAAAAAAAUGCUACAUAAAAACACACAUGUACAGUUUUUCCUACAAACGUAUAGAAUAGAUGUAUAUUAUCAAAGCCCCUUUAUACUCAAAUGCACAUAUACUCAAGGUGAACAGAGAACAUCCAUUUCUCACAAGAACCAACGCUUAUUGUCCCUCUUAUAUCAAUUAGCCUAGAUACCCAAACCUUAACAUACAUUUCUAUUUUUUUUUGCCAUGUUCGAGCCACUGAAUUUUGCUUUGCUCAGGAUGUGGUUAUUAGCUAAGAAAGUUGGACACCACUCUAGGGUGUUUUUUUAUGUAUUUUACUGUGUAUCAAAUGUGUACGAUUUGUGUCUCUAAAAGCCCAAGAUAACGUCCUCAAAUAUCUUCUUUUGUAUACAAUCUAAAGAUAUUCAGUUUAUCGAUAGGAGAAAAGAAACCAGAAAAUACUUAAAUUUAAGAAGCUGAAAUCACACAAAUUUGACUCUUGUUGAAAACGAUACAUAAACUGAUCAAACAAUUAUCCAAACGGUUCCUGAUUAACUUAACAUUUGACAAAUAAUCAGUUAAUUGAUUAUUCGAUUAAUCAUUGCAGCUCUAUUUAGAAUUUGUCAAAUAUCUGGAUAUCCUCAACUUCCUUUGAUUGAGGUGGUUCCAUAAGAGCAAAAGCUGAACUACUUACUUGUGUGAUAGUGAAGGGACACGUUUUUGUUGUUUUGAUAUGUACUUCCCUAUUUGUUACAUAUUUUAGAUGGUCACAGGAAAGAGGUUGUAUUUUCAAGUGUAUUUUGACCUUCAAAGAGGAGCUUUGACAGGUGCAGUGCAGCAGACUUGUUGGUGAUUUAAAUCUUUAAGAUUGAGCAACAAACCAAUAUGAGUUAUUUAAAAAUGAGUAAAAGGUUUGUGGUCCAUCUUGCCAACCAAGUCAAAUUAACAAAGCGAUAUGUAAACACUACAAACACAGAAAAUACAUGAUAUCAUUUAUCCAAGCAUAACAACUCCAAUCACUAAAUUCUCCAAAACGGCGAUCUGUCAGCAAAUUUUAUGCUUCAUUUUGAUAAAUACGUUUACCUUUGUCAGAGUUCUACUGAGAUUAGGGUAAACUGAAGUGGCAUGCUGACUAAUUUCUGACUUAUUCAUUGUCUCUUACUUUGAAAAGGGAGGACAUCUUCAAACGGAGUUCCACUGAACAUCUUUGCAGCAGAAGUCUUGGUCUUUAUUUGGACAGAACACAGCAUUUUGUUCACACUAUACUCAGCUCUGAUUAGAUAUUAUUUUAACAUGUGUCGGCUAUAACUGGAAUCAGAAACUUGCAAGAUGAAGCUUGUUUUUAUUUUCAUCAAUAAAAUUGUAUUUAC